AUUCCUUGACUUCAUCUUACUCUAGUAACUAAUUUCCAAUUUUUGUUUAAUUUUUAUUUAGGUGUUUAUUUAUUUUUAUAAGGUAAAAAUAAGUCCUCAUUUUAGAAUUCAAAUUAUAUUCACAAUCCUAAGGAUUACAGUUAUAUAUCAGCAAAAUGAAAAUUAAAAAGCAGCAUCGUAAGAAAAAGUUCCUCCAUAAACUUAACAGGAAAAGAAUGCACCUAAAACAAAAAAAUACUGGCGAAGUCAGAUGUAAAGUAAUGAAGGAAGCAUGGAACCCCAAAAAGACGACAUCCCGCAAUCUUCGCGAUAUGGGGCUUGCAAGCGAUCCAAAUAAAGCUAUAAGCAUUCCUAGUUUUAAAGAAGAGAAGUUAAGAAAGGCCUUAGCGAUAGUAAAUAAUGCUGAAUCUGACUUGGAGGAGGAGCAGGAGGUAGUAGUUCCGAGACCUGCCCCUAAAAUAAGAGUAGCUGAGCAGUUAGAACAGGAAGCCAAGGCACCCAGAGAACGGAGGUUUAUGCUACCAAAAGGACAAGUUGAGUUUAUAACAUACUUACUAGACAAAUAUGGCCAUGAUUACAAAGCCAUGGAGAGAGACAAGAAAAAUUACUAUCAAGAAACAUGGAAACAACUGAGAGCAAAAAUUAAAAAGUUUAUGGGCAUACCUAAGCAAUAUGGUGAAUAUCUCAAAGCUAGAGGAUUAUUAGAGAAAGAAGAAGAUGAGGAAGAAUUGAAAAAACAAGCGAAAGCUUUAGUUAUGGAUGACUGAUUAACUGAUUCAUUACUAUUAAUGUAAUAUUUAGGACAACAGUUUUAACAGGCGAUACAGUUAAGAUGAAAUGGGCAAGUCCCAUUUGUUCCAUAGAACUUGACAUCAUCAGUCAAAAUGAGACAAUUUCAUCCUUAUUUGUU